CGCAAAACCAGUACCGGGCUCCUGGUGAGCACAGGUUGUCUCUCCUGAUCGCACCGUGCGUCUCCCGCUGCUGGUGCUUGGGAUGCUGUAUCCUGCAUAUUACUCAUACAAAGCUGUGAAGACAAAAAAUGUGAAGGAAUAUGUUCGCUGGAUGAUGUAUUGGAUUGUGUUUGCUCUUUAUACAGUUACUGAAACAAUAACUGACCUAACAGUCUCUUGGUUUCCACUGUACUAUGAACUGAAGAUAGCUUUUGUUAUUUGGCUCCUUUCCCCAUAUACUAGAGGGGCAAGUUUAAUCUACAGAAAAUUUCUUCACCCGCUGCUUUCUUCUAAAGAAAGGGAGAUUGACGAGUACAUCGUACAGGCCAAAGAAAGAGGCUAUGAGACCAUGGUGAAUUUUGGAAGGCAAGGGUUGAAUUUGGCAGCAACUGCCGCAGUGACAGCAGCUGUAAAGAGUCAAGGUGCAAUAACUGAGAAACUGAGAAGUUUCAGUAUGCAUGAUUUGACUACUAUACAAGGAGAUGAGCCAGUAGGACAGAGACCCUAUCAGACAUUACCAGAAGCAACAAAGAAAACCAGAGCCUCUGCAAGUGAAUCUUCAGGUUACAAAACUCCACUGGAAAAAAAUCCUGGAGAUGAUAAAACAGAUGAAGAGAUGGAGGGGACACAUUCAGAGGAUGAAAUGUUUGCUCAGAGAGGCCUUCGAAGAACUCAGAGCAUGAAAUCUGUGAAAACUAUUAAAGGCCGUAAAGAGAUACGGUAUGGAUCACUGAAAUACAGAGUAAAGAAGAGACCCGCUGUAUACUUCUAAGUGUAUUGUACAAUGCCUGCAAGACAAACUGCUGUAUUAUAAUAACUUGAAUUCAGUGUGUUAAGUGUUAAAGAUCUGUGUAUGAUUCAUAUAAUGAGUAUGUAUGAAUAGCUAUGGUAGGACUUGGUUUUAUGAACCUAAAUGGUUGGAUAAAGUAUUACUCUGCUUUUCUGUAAUUGCUUAUUGUUUAGACUUAAAUCUGGACAAGUUAUAGUAUGAAUUUCAGCACUCCUUAAAUAGGAGUUAAAUGAGGAACAGGAAACAGCCUUUUUCCAGAGGUAUUGAACAGACUGAAAUAAUUACAACUCCAGUUGAAUUAGCAGAAGUUGUAAGUAUUUGGAACUUGUCAAAAUCGAACCCGUAGUGUCCCCAAGUUUACAUGGAAAGAUAGUUACACUUGAAAUAUUUUUCUGAACUACAAUUCCUGAAAAGGCCUUUGUGUAAUUUAAAAAUUUAUAGUUUAAAGGACAGUGGAUGAUGGUGGGGAAGGAAAAGGGAAGACAAGGUAGAUACGGUACGUCCUUAAGAUCAUCUUCUUGCAUCAUAUUGCCAAGCUUAAGAAACUUACAUAAUACUAAUAGGUGCAAACUGGGGGUACAUUUAGCACUUUAUGCAAAACUGUAUAGUUUUGCACACUUACCGAUUUACAGCUGCACAUGUAAUUUUAGUGACUUCUUAGGUAGGUUAGACUUAUCUUUUGAAUGCCAGCAAUUCUUGUAUUUCAUGAUCUUUUUUAAACUUACCUUGAUUGCUUAAGUACACUUAGGAUGCUGUAGAGAACUGCUACUAACACUUAACAAUAUUAUCAGGUGCCUUUCUAUGUAUUGCAAGGCUUUGUGGUUUUUUCUCGUGUGUGUUUUUUUGUGGUUUUUUUUGUUGUUGUUGUUGUUGUUGUUGUUUUGUUUGUGUCUUUCUUCCUUCUUCACCUACAGAGAUGUAACAUGAUUUAAGUUAGUUUUUGGUUAAAAUUGUGGUAAGGAAAACUUGUAGCAAUUCCAGUGAUAGACCUCAGGGAUCUGAUCAGCCCAUCGGCUGUGUAUUAGAAAUCAUGCUGACAUGAAGGCAUGUAUGAUACAUUAUUCAGGCCCUGGUUUGGUUUUGCUGUGCAUUGCUUUAAGAAUGAAAAUAUAUAUAUAAGAACAUGCAUGUGUGUAUAUUUCUUAUCAUAUGUGGAUUCUAAAAUUGGCUGUGUAGUACUUUCUUUUAUUGCUAAAGAAUUACUAAAAUAUUUACAUAUAAAUAGCUUUUUCUAAAAGUCUAGCUGAUUUAGUCAGCCGUUUUAUAACCUAGAGUCCCAUGGCAUAACUGUUUGCACAGAGAUUAAAUUUGGAAUGUCAUUCAAGGCAGGGACUUGUCGAAAUGACUUUUUGAGGUCCCCUUUGCUUCUAUUUUCUGCAAUUCUGAGGAUUAGGCUGAUUUUAGUUUUCUGUGUGACUAUAUUUCUACUGGAGAUUCAGGGAGAAAACACCCACUUUUCAUAGAUAGUAUUUUAUUACUUGGCAUGGGGAGAGAUGGUGUUACUUUUCUUGAAAAGAAAAUGGGGUGCGAUCCCUCUUAUCCUUCGAUCUUGGACUCCAAUCCUUAGACCUUCCUCCAGGUAUGACAGUUAUCUGCAAGUCUACUGCAGCGCUUUUAAACAUAUUCUUAAGGCUUGAGCUUGCUGCAAUUCUUUUUCUUUAUGUUACAGCUAUAGUGGGUUCACUGCUGGUAGGCACUUAAUGGCCUGUUAAUAUAUACUGGCAUUUGAAGCAAUCUUCUGUAGACUUUGGGCCAGGGUUUGAAUUGUAUGGAUAAAAAUGCAGCUGGUCUGUAUUGGCAUUGCGUUACUCACUUGCUAUUGUAGGCAUUUGUAAGCCAAGUGCAAAGCCUUGGUCAAAUAUAACAAUACUGAUGGCGCAGGAAGUUAAAUGCUUGAGUAGGAAGUUGUAACAGUCCAUAUGUGAUUAAAAGGCCAAAGCUUUUAUUUACCCGAAGACGCAGUUUCCUACCAGAAGACAGGAAGGCUGCUCUCUCCCAAAUGAGUAUAGUGCAAAAAUUCCAUCCUCUAACCAAAACUGCAACUUGUGAUCUAGCUUUUAUAUGGAGCUAUUGUCUGUGGGGGGAGGCAGUGAUCAGAAAGGCAGCUUCCCCGGGGCGUAGUUCAUCACUUGUGCCCCAGGAAUGUUUGUGCUUCUCGUCUGUUUCCCUGAAUGUAGGGAAAGGCUGUGUGUAUGUUAAGGUAUGUAAUACGUUAGAGGAAACUGAGGCUUUUGUAUUUGCAUCCCGCCCCUCUUUGAAAAUUAGACUAACCUGAGCCUUGGGUGGAAUCUCUAACUUUUACUUUCCACUUGAGCGUCCUCCUUGAGCACUUGCUGCCACAUCUUGCUUUAACUCAUUAUGUUUGUUUUAAUGGCAAACAUGGCAAUAAAAUUGUCAUCUUUCUACAAAUCAGAAUCCUGCAUGAAGGAGCAGGGUAAGCCCUUCUUUCAGAAUUACAGUUCCUGUUACAGAUUAAUGUAGAUCCUGUUUCAGGGUUGUGUUCUUUUCACAUUUCAUGGGCCAGAGAUCAUUUGAGUAGUUUAGGCUCUACCACACUCGUGGUCAGUAAGUUGCUGUACGUGUCGUUAUGUACUUGAGGCUGUUACUUAUGGCAGACUUAACUUGCUCAUUAAGUAGUGACAAAGGCUAAAUAAACUCUCCUUUUUCUGAACUAUGUAUGGAACUAGGAAAGCUGGCAGUAUUACUCAUAUUCAUUACUGUUUGCAUAUAAAUGUACUUGUGUUCUCUCAGAUACUGUCUUAAGUGAUAGAAGUUCCAGCGUUUUCCUACCUGUUUUUUUUUUAGUCUAGUCCUACUGUAAAAUUCUUUUCUUGACAGCUCGGUUUUGCUCUUUGAAUUCAUCCUGAAACUGGUUUGCUAUAUUAUCUUAAUUUUUUUUCCUUGCUGUUCGUUGUCAGCUGAUGCUUGGCAGGGCACAAUGGCAUGAUUAGCUUUCAUCCCAAUGAUACGCAUUUCUCUCUGCUUGUUGAAUUUAGUUUAGUUUGGUUUUGAAAUAUUACACAAUCUUUUAAACUUUGUGUACAGGGAAUUUUCAAACUUUUUGCCUUAGCAACUGCAAAAGUGAUCUGUCUAGCUCUUGCCAGUGAACUUCUUGGAAAAAUGUUAAACAAAAAUGAAAAUUUAACUUAACAUUCUUUUUGGUUUUGGAAUGUAAAAUGUAGUUCGUGUCAAAUUAUAUAAUCUUAUGAACAAAGCGUUUCCUGAGAAUUGACUGACAGCCACCAACAGGACUGCUAAUAUACUUAAAGAAAAACUUACAUAGAGGUUAAAGGUACUUUGAAAGAGAAUACGUAUUUCUUGUUAAAUCAUACAAAGGUUUCAAGCCUUUCCAAAAUAUAUCUGAACUGAGUCAGAUUUCUUAGCAAGACCCUACUGUACAUGUUAAAAUACACAGUUUGAGAUGAGGAUUAAAUUGAUGGCCUCGGUUGCAAAUAAACUUAGGCCAGACUCUGAUUACAAGGUAAUUGCCAAUAUUAGCUACUUAAUGCUAAUUGCUUUGCUAUGUGAAAGUAACUGAAUAUUUUCCAAGAUACUUUUUGCAAAUUAUAAUGAAUUUUAAAAUGAACAGAAGAUAAUUUUGUUAAACAGAGUGGUGGAGUAAAUGCUAGAUGCAUUUAACACACUGGUCAUGACAAAAAAUGUGUUUUGGUGUUGCUUUUAUUAAUGGGAAGUUGGUAUUUUUAAGUAUUUUUCUACAAAAAUGUGUAUCUGCAAAGGUGGUACUUUAACAUUUUUCAAGAACUCCUAUUUUUAAAUGCUACAGACCAGAGACUGUUUACAUUGAGACUGAAGUUAGCUUUAAAAAAAUGCAAUGUAAGCUUUAAUUUUUAUAUUGUAAUAAUAACUUGCUGUCAACCUGUUUACAUAUUUGUAGGAGGGAAAGCUUCAUUAUGCAUUGACUUAUCUUGAUACUGUCUUUAAUAAAUGCUGCUUUGAGCAGGA